CUACUGCGUCAAGGGGCACGUAACGAGGAUGCUUGGAAUGGGGAGGAGCCGCGCGUGGCGCCUCCUGCCACGGCAGUCCGCAGCAGGACCAUUUUCCCGCUACCUCCUGCGCAGAUCAGGCCUGAAACCACAGAUUUCUGGACGGUGUUGACCAGAAGACCAAUUUCAAAGAUGGUUUUCAGAGGCACAAUAUCAGAUGCUGCAGACUUUGAUCCCACCGCUGAUGCAGAGACCCUUUAUAAUGCUAUGAAGGGUAUUGGUAGCGACAAAGAGGCGAUCCUGGACCUGGUCACCGCUCGCAGUAAUGCACAGAGGCAGGAAAUCAUCGGAGCAUAUAAAUGCAGCUUCGGAAAGGACCUGAUUGAAGAUCUGAAAUAUGAGCUCACAGGAAAGUUUGAGCGUCUCAUCGUCAGUCUGAUGAGAACUCCGGCCUACCUUGAUGCUAAGGAGAUUCAUGAUGCAGUCAAAGGAGUUGGAACAAAUGAAAGAUGCCUGAUUGAAAUCCUUGCCUCCAGAAACAACAAACAGACACAGGACAUGGUAGCAGCUUACAAGGAUGCUUAUGGCAGAGACAUGGAGGAGGACAUAAUCACAGAUACUUCAGGUCAUUUUAAGAAGAUGCUGGUUGUUCUAAUUCAGGGGACCAGAGAUGAGUCGGGGGUGGUGGAUGCAGACUUGGUGCAGCAGGAUGCACAAGACCUGUAUGAAGCUGGAGAGGCGCAGUGGGGCACCGACGAGGCCAAAUUCAUCAUGAUCCUGGGAAAUCGCAGUGUGACCCACCUCCGCAUGGUUUUUGACGAGUAUGAAAAGGUGGCAGAGAUGUCCAUCGAAGACAGCAUUAAAAAUGAACUGUCGGGAGACUUUGAGAGGCUGAUGCUGGCCGUUGUCCAGUGCAUAAGAAGUGUUCCCAUGUUCUUUGCCAAGCGCCUCUACAAGGCAAUGAAGGGUCUGGGCACAGCCGACAACACGCUAAUCCGCAUCAUGAUAUCUCGCUCGGAAAUCGACAUGUUGGACAUUCGAGAGUUCUUCCGUCUCAGAUAUGAAAAGUCGCUUUACAACAUGAUAAAGGAUGAUACAUCAGGAGAUUACAAAAGAACUCUGCUAAACCUGUGUGGAGGAGAUGAUGACUUAGCUGGAGAGUUCUUCCCUGAAGCCGCUCAGAUAGCCUACAAGAUGUGGGAAUUAAGUGCCAUGACCAAAGUGCAGCUGAGGCCUACAAUCCGGCCUGCCUCCGAUUUCGACCCUGCUGCUGAUGCACAGGCCCUGAGGAAAGCAAUGAAGGGAUUUGGAACAGAUGAAGACACAAUCAUUGACAUUGUUACACAGAGGAGCAAUGCCCAGAGGCAAGAGAUCAGACAGACCUUUAAAUCCCUUUUGGGAAGGAAUCUGAUGAAGGACCUGAAGUCUGAACUGUCCAAGAAUUUAGAAAGGCUGAUUAUCGGACUAAUGAUGACUCCAGCUGAAUUUGAUGCCAAAAUGAUGAAAAAGGCAAUAGAGGGUGCAGGGACAGAUGAACAUGCUUUAAUCGAGAUCCUGGUCACGAGGAGCAACGAGGAAAUCCAAGCCAUGAACUCUGCCUAUCAGAGCGCCUAUAAUACAUCUCUGGAGGAAGACAUUCAGUCAGACACAUCAGGUCAUUUCUGUCGCAUCCUUGUUUCUCUCGUGCAGGGUGCAAGAGAAGAGGGUCAAGCUGAUUUGGAAAGAGCCGAUGCAGAUGCUCAGGAACUUGCAAAUGCGUGCAAUGGAGAGUCUGAUGACAUGGAGAUGAAAUUCAUGAGCAUUUUGUGCACUAGGAGCUUCCCCCAUCUUAGGAGAGUGUUCCAGGAGUUUGUCAGACACACCAACAAGGACAUUGAACAGAUAAUUAAGAAGGAAAUGUCAGGCGAUGUGAAACAUGCUUUUUAUGCUAUAGUGCGGAGUGUGAAGAACCAACCUUCUUAUUUUGCUGACCGUUUGUACAAAGCCAUGAAGGGCCUUGGAACGGACGACAGAGCGCUGAUCCGGAUCAUGGUGUCCCGUAGCGAGAUUGACCUUUUCAACAUUCGCAAAGAAUUCAAGGAAGCCCAUGACGUCUCCCUUCACGAAUUCAUCCAGGUAGAGACCAUGAUUGGUGACACGUCAGGAGACUACCGUAAAACCCUGCUAAUUCUCUGCGGAGGGGAAGAUUAAAGCUGUCACGCCUCUGAUGCAUUGCUCACAGACUUCAGUGACCACAAGACAAGCCUGUACACAGUCAAAACAAUGGUGGUUAAUGUCAGUAUCUGUUGCCAGUGUUCCCAAUUGCUGCCACUCCUCAGCCAAAUCAAGUCCUCCACUUACUGACAACUCCCCAGCACUGCAAGCCAGUUCUCUGCCUUCAUGUCUAAUAUACAAGAAUAUUGUUUUUUAUUUUUUAAACAAUGUGACAUGACUUUAGGCUUCAUGUAGUACUGUGCUCACGCUGUGCCUUUCAAUUUUUGCAUGUUAGGAAAUUAGUGACAUUUUUCAAAUAUCUAAUAAACCUGACCUGAAUUUAAAAAUAUA